GUCGAUGGGUUUUAUUUGACCAAUUCUGUGAUUCAGUAGGCUAAAGAAAGAGUGCUGGAAACGCCUAUACUUAUGCAUUUCUGACGUUGGUGUUUAUUGGGGCGGAGCUAAAGACCACUGACACGUAAGAAUCCUGCAUUAAUUCCUAGGAAGAAGCUACAUAGGCCUAUAUCUUUUUAGUCGAGAAGGAUGUCCUUUUUAAAUAUAACCAGCUGCUAAUAUUUUCUAUUUGGAUUUAUGUAUAUAAUUACCCAAAGAGUCUCACAUUAGGGGCGAGUGUAGGCUGUAGAAAGGAUCGAAGUAGUCUAUAGUCAACGUUGAAAAUGAGAUUUGCAAUGUUUAUUUCUUUGCUGAGGCCGAUCGGGCCGGUUAUUAUCGGUGUUUCUUUGGGAUUUACCUUAAGUUUACUUAGUGUGAAUUGGGUAGAGGAAUCUUGUGUCCUCGACGGGAAAGCAAGUGAAGAAAUACGUUUGGCCCAAGAUGGGAAUUCAAAAGGAGCGAGGAGACCAAAUUCGAUAUCGACGGUGGAUGUGGAUGCCGAGGAAGAUUUUGAGCCAAGAAUAGUGCCAUAUAAACCAGUCCAACAAAGCCAAACAAAGAAACUUUUUCGGGCUAAGUACAUCAGUACAGAACUGGGGAUCCGGGAGCGCCUCUUUGUAGGGAUCCUGACAUCCAAAAACACCAUCAACACACUGGGAGUGGCCGUGAACCGCACCAUCAGCCACCACCUGGACGCCCUGGUCUUCUUCACCGGCAUGCGCAACCGCAAAGUGCCCCACGGCAUGUUCGUGGUCACCCAUGGGGACGAGAGGCUCAUUUGGAACAUGUUCCAGACCAUCAAGUACAUCUUAGAGCACUAUAUCAAUGAGUAUGACUGGUUCUAUCUAGCCCAGGACGACACCUAUACGGAGGCAGACAGGAUCAAACAGCUGGUGGCUCACCUGAGCAUGGACCGGGAGCUUUACAUGGGAAGUCCUGAGGAGUUUAUAGGUGGGGAGAUGGAGGGGAGGUACUGCUAUGGUGGGUUCGGAUACCUCCUGUCCCGUACCCUGCUGCUCCGGCUCAAACCCUUCCUGGAGAACUGUAGGAAUGACAUCCUGAGUGCCAGGCCUGACGAAUGGCUGGGCAGAUGCAUCAUUGAUUAUGUCAACACAAACUGUGUGGAUGAGCAUGAGGGGCUGCAGUACUACCGUUACGAGAUGGGCAAGAACUCAGAUCCGAGUAAGGUGGAGAAUGUGCAGUUUAAGAAUGCCUUGACUGUCCACCCGGUGUCUGACCCUGAGCAGAUGUACAGACUACACAAACACUUCACUGAACUCGAACUUCAGAGGACAUACGAUGAGAUCGAGAAGCUGCAGGCAGAGAUAAAGAAUGUGAGCAAAGUGGCUUUUGCUGGCAACCGGAGCUCCCAGUGGCCCAUUGGGAUCAAUCCUCCGUUUGAGCCUAAGUCUCGUUUUGAGGUCCUCCGAUGGGACUACUUCACAGAGGAGCAAGUGUAUUCAUGCAUUGACGGCUCCCCCAAGUGUGAACUGCGUGGCAUUGAUCGGUUGGACGUGGCCGCCAUCAUCGAGAUAGCCAUGGGGGAGCUGAACAAGAAGUACAAGCCUGUCCUCCACCUGAAGAAGCAGCAGCUGAUCAACGGCUACCGGCGCUUUGACCCCACUCGGGGCAUGGAGUACACCCUGGACCUGCAGCUGGAGGUAGUCAACCAGAAAGGCCGCAGUCGCUCCAUCACCAAGAGGGUCCACCUGGUGCGUCCUCUGAGUCGCAUCGAGAUCAUCCCCAUGCCUUACGUCACAGAGGCCACCAGGGUUCAUAUCAUCUUACCACUGACCUUUCAGGAUCGGGGCGCCGUCAACCAUUUUCUUGAAGUGUUUGCUGCAAAUUUGUUUGAGACCAGUGAAAACGCCAUCUUGACUUUACUGUUUAUCUACGACCCAUUCGAGGCCCAGCAGGUCAACCAGAAUGACAUAUUCUCCAGUGUUAAAGCCCAGAUCAAUGCCUACGAACGCAAGUAUCCGGCAGUGAAGAUCCUGUGGAUAAGUGUCAAGACCGAAACCCCUUCUCAAAUCAAAUUCAUGGACAUCAUCUCCAAGAAGCACCCAGUAGACACGCUGUUCUUCAUCACGAACGUCAACACCAACAUCAACUCAGAGUUCCUCAACCGUUGCCGCAUGAACUCUAUCAACAACUGGCAGGUAUUCUUCCCAAUCCACUUCCAGGACUACAACCCAGACAUCGCCUUCCACAACCAGGAGCCCCCACCCACAGUAGACCUGGUCAAGGAUGCCGGACACUUUGACCGCAGUUCUUUUGAGGAGGCGUGCUUCUACAACUCUGACUAUAUGGUGACGCGCACACGCAUGGCCUCCGACGUGCAGGAGAACGAGGAGAUCCUGGAGACCUUGGAUAUCUACGACAUGUUUGUCAAGUACUCCACCUUGCAUGUGUUCAGGGCUGUGGAGCCGGCUCUGCACCAGAAGUACCGCUACCAGGCCUGUAACCCGCAGCUUAGUGAGGACAUCUACCACAGGUGUGUCCAGAGCAACCUGGAUGGCCUGGGAUCCCGUUCCCAGCUCGCCAUGCUGUUAUUUGAACAAGAGCAAGGAAAUAGCACUUGAGCACAAGCCCCCUUAGAAACUUGACCUAGAAUGUGUGUGAUUGUGUGUAUGCGUGCUUGUUUGCGUGCGUUUUGAUUGUGUGUAUGCGUGCUUGUUUGUGUUUUAAAACUAAUGCAGUACAUUCCUAAGCGGAAAUCUUUUUACUAAAUGUUUACAAUAAAAAUGUGCUGUCCGUACAGAAACCGAUGCUGGAACCAAAUGUGUUUUAAGCCUUCGGAUUUGGUGGUCAUGCUGGGACGUCUAUCUCAUUAUUUUAAUAUGUUACAAAAGUUCUACAUACCUUUUGAUGUGGCUCUUGAGGGUAUGGCUUUAAACCUGCAAAACGUUUGAUACUUGGUCAUUUGCAGUUUAGUAAUCACUACUAAAGCACAUCUCAAUAUGUGUGCCUUUUUUAAUGUAUGUCAGUCCUCUUGUAUUUUCAUGUCCGUUAUCAUAUCUAGCAAAAUAUGUAGAGAUUUUUACAUGUAUACAUUUAUCAAUAUUUGAGUCCCCUUACUUUCACAUUACACUUUUCACAUUUUAAUGAAUGAGCUGGCAUCUGAAAUAUAGAUUCACUCUACUCACAUGUUAACCGGAAGGAAGCUUUAUGGCACUGACAUCAUCAGAUGCAGAAUGAGAUUACUGUUGGGCUGAGAGGAUUGGACGGUAUGUGUCGGUACUGUAGGUCCCCAUAGGUGAGGUCCCAAACAAGCCUGUAGAUGUAGAGCCUCUUCAGGAGUUUGCAGUGUUACAGAAAAGAAAAAAAAGAAAGGAGAAUUAUGUAACCUUUAGCCAUAACAGUCCUUGUACAGAGCUGAGAGGCUAACGCACAGUUCAGACGCUGCACUUUGGUGAGUCUAACUGAAUAGAUAUUAAGAGUGAGUUGACGUACUGAUUGGUUUCAUACAACCGCUCUCAACACUACAGACUUCCUUGUUGGUUUUGGGUCAAAUUCAGGCAUAACAACACCUCUUGUUUAAAAAAAAUGUAUUGCACUAAAAGGACAAAGAAAGACGACUCCCACACCUAUGCAGCGUGGAAGUUAAUGUUUGAAACGGUGAGGAUGACCGGUUUAAUGAGUCUCAGUUAUAGGGAUGGGCAUUUGACAUUUUUUGAACGUUCGAGUACUCUUUUUUUCGAGUACUCAAAUAAAAAUAUAUAUAUUUUUAGAAGGAAAAGACAAGUGCAUUCAUCUAUAUGCCAACAGAUCGCAACAAUGCCUAAUUUAUCAUAACCAUAACGCAUAACAAAUCCUAAUUGCCCCAAAUAUAUUCAAACAAUAAAAAUGCAAGUGCCAUUUAAGAUGAAUUUAUUGAAACCGUAAUAUCAACUGGUUAUAUUAUGGAACACAAUCUUCAAAAAGGCAGUAACCUCAGCAUUGGCGUUUGCUUGUAGAUCCCUAUGGCUGUGCAAUGGCUUAGCCUUUUGUUAAUUUAGCAGACAAGACGCUCUUAUUUCCCGAGCCCUUAUCACAGUCAAAACAUCGAUUUCAUAGUAAAAAAACAAACAUUAUAAAAUGGAACAGAAUAUUUUUCCAAAUGAAAAAUGUUACCAGUGUGAAGUGAUGCGCAUUGCGUGUCUGGAACAGUUAUUGUCAGUGAUAAUUUGAAACGGGGCUCAAUUUGGCGAGUCAAAUUUUUUUACAAAAACUUUUACAAACUAAAAUCUGUCUUUUCGAUAUACAGACGUUCAAUGUAGUUUAUUCUGCCUGUUCUUUUGGAAUUUUCUAAAUGGAUGAACAAUUUCACAUUGAACACUGCAUGGUUAUGAAUUACGGCCACAACAUCUGUUUGGUGGGUAGGCAUAUACUUAUUUAUUCUGAUGAAAAUACGCUCUUUGUCUUUAGUUUGAUAAUGUUUUUACAUAUGUUAAGUGUGGAACCUGUCUAUGUUUAGGGGGGUUAUAGCCUAGGCUAACCAAUUCUAAAUGGCACUAGCAGUUCGCAAAGUAGCUUAAGCGGAAAAUAGACGGGAAACAAUUAUUCCAAAACUGCAGCUCGUUGCUGGAACACCAGUCCAUUUUAAAUUUGUGAUAAAACUGUCUUCAUUUUGCAAGGAAUGUAGCUUGUGUAUCCAAUCCGUUAGAUAAGUAUUUACAGGCAUUUAUUUCUGUAGGCCAGUGGUGUAAGGUACUUAAGUAAAAAAUACUUCAAAGUACUACUUAAGUAGUUUUUUGGCGUAUCUGUAAUUUACUUUAUUUAUA